UGGCAAUGGAAGGCUCUUUCAACUUCCAAUUCCAACGACAUUCACCAAUUGAACAUAACUUUGUUACCAGAAAUGGGACGUCUGACGGGUGCGAGGAACAUAGGGCAAUUUUGGAGUUGCAGGAUUGUAGGAAUGAGCAAGCAUUGGAGUACAGCUCUCCCACUCCCGUUGCACGCAACACUAAAACCCCUGCUAUCACUCUACUACUGUACCUCAAUCCGGAGACUGAAAGGAAUCACGAGGCAGCCGCCACCCAUCGAAGUCAUUCUCUACCAGCAAAAACGUUUGGAUAACCCGAAGCAUCGGCAUUAUAUUAUGGUUACCUGACACUUAUACAGUUAUACUUACACCUCCAGAUAUUUAACAGAGGCCUACAAGUACUGGUACAUUCUUUUCCACCAGUCACCUACCUACCGGUUUCUGCCCUCGAAGAAACUUUCCGUUAGUACGACACAGUUACAGGUCAACCCUUCCCCUCAAGGAUUCGGAACACGUGCUCCUACCGCUUACCUGCCCGAUCUCCAAUACCUAGAACCUGGGCGUUACUUUGAAAUGAAGUUUGCUCAUGAGUUCAAGGCUGCCUUGAUCCAAGAAGGGUAUCCCCCGCACUGGGUUGAUUCGGCUAUUCCAUAUGGCCAGCUCAAGAAACUCAUCAAAAAAGUCACCCUAGAGCUGAAGAGUUUGGGCCUCGACCCAGAGGUCCUCGCUCAGUUGGUUUCCGAAGUAGACCCCAGUUCUCCCAUAUCCAGUAACUCGAAUGGCGUCGCUUUUCUGUAUGAUUUUGACGAUACGGGUACGUAGCAGAUGUGGGAUCCUCAACUUCAAUCAGUUCUGACCGUAAUUUAUAUAGGCGACAAAACUCCUUUCCAGCCAAAACUGACACUUUUACUUCGAGAUGGACUUGCUAUAGACGCUACACUAUCUCCUGACACAAGGAUCUAUCUGAAAAAUCUGGUUUCGAGGCAGCGAGGCAUUAAAGGUGCAGCGAAUGGCGCCGACCCUCCAAAUGAAGUAGAUUCAGAAGACGAGUAAGUCAUUGGAUUCCCUUUUUAUCACAAGGAAUCUGGUAUUUGGGGUUGUAUUCUAAACAAUAGGCCCUGUUGUUUUUUUUAUACCUAGUCAUGCACCCUGAUUUUGUCUAACAGGUUCUUGACUGGCUGAGAGUAGACUCCAACCUCUUCAAGCCAAUGUCAUGUAUCUUACUAUGCGUAGACAUACUUUUUGUUUGCGAUGAAACAUAUGACAUUGCUGACUUAUAUGACAGAAUUGUAACAAAUUCGCCAACUUCAACCAUACCUGGCGAGAAGCCAAUUAUACAGAGGAUUGAGGUUCCGUUGACUUUCGAUGCCGAAUUUUUCCAAAAACUGCAAGAUGAGGUUGAAAUCCUUGAGAGCCUUCAAGUCGGAGAACAAAAGGCACUAGUUGGGGAAAUUUCUGCUUUAUCGAAUGACAUGACAGCAUUGGCAAAACCUUCUAGGUUCAGGAAAACGGAUCUGUACAGAUGGAGGGAGCUUUUCGAGAUAUAUCUUCAGGCUAUGGUAUUCUUCUCCACGCAUGAACUGGACCAUGGGAGUAGAAAUAGUGGCUCUGCUGCUAAGCAACUUCAAUGGUUCCAAAGCGAGAUUAUGCGCAGGGGAAUCAUAUCAUCAUUCAAAUUACCAGCCAGUCGCCAAGCUUUCGAAAGAUUCGUCAACAUAAACAUAACGCUUUUACGGAAUCUAAAGUUUCAAGAGAUCAACCAAACGGCAAUCAGCAAAAUACUCAAAAGUAAUGUCCUUCCCCUUGCUUUAACCUCAAGUAACUAACAUCUGUUUUCCAAAAGAGUUCGACAAGAGAACCCACUUGGGUGCACAAUCAAAAUUUCCCAAGCUCAUCGGGUCGGCAAUCACGAUGUCAGAGGAUAUGGCAAAAGCAGUCUGUUCCCAGCUUUCCCAAGAGUUGAUAAAGAAGGUACCUCAGUUGGAUGAUUACAUGUGUCCAAUAUGCUUUACCAUCGCCUGGAGGCCAGUUCGCAUGGCUUGUAAACAUAUCCUCUGUAUUAGUUGUGCUGUAACUUUGCAACGAAAGAGACAGAGAUUCUGCCCUCUGUGUCGAGGAGAUGUCAUUUUGAAGGCGGAUGCUGGUUAGUGCUUUUCUCAAUUUCCUUCUUUUUGGCGCAAGGUUGCUGACUGAAUAGAUAAUAUCGACUCCGAGGUUGAAAAUUUCAUCGAGAAAUAUUUUCCAAAGGAGGCACGCGAGAAGCGAAUAGCAGUGGAAACUGAACGAGGGAAAGAACAGUUUGGGGAGAGUUACAAACAUCCUUCAGAGCAGAGGUGUGUGGUUAUGUGAGGUUGCAUGAGCGUAUUUGCCUUUCAGUCGUUCGUCCAGUCCAGGUGGAAUAGGAGCUAGUGCGAAGUGAUACCCCAAGAUAGAAUUUGCUUAGAUGGUAUAAUUCAUAGCGCGUACAAAACUAAUGGUUUUUC